AAGGAUGAAAAAGAAAUCUGAGGAAAGUGAGAGAUAGAGAGAGAGAGAGCGAGAACGGUUCUUGAAAGGAUAUUAUAUUUCUCCGCUUGUCUUGUUCGAGAGGUAGUUUCUGAGAUCUGGCGCUACUGCAGUUAGAGAGAAGAACGAGGAGAUAUGGCUUGAGAUCUCGAUAGCUCUCUGUUUCCUUUCUGUUCUCCUUCUCCUUUGGUUUCUACUUGCUUCUGUAAGAGGCGGUGUUGAUGGAGUUGAUGAGAGGGAGCAGGAGAGGUGGAUCGUUCUCAAAGUCGGCUCUGUUACGCUGGGUUUUCAUCUGCCUCUUCUUUGCCUGCGCUUUGAUCGCCAGCACUAACAGCAGGACUCUUCAUUUAGAGAUUAGAAGCUCAAGAACGGAUUCUUCUACUCAGGGAGGAACGGUGCGGAGGCGGGAGCUGAGCGAGGGGCCGGGGUCGUACCCGCCGCGGUGUACGUCCAAGUGCGGUACGUGCACACCGUGCACCCCGGUGCACGUGCCGGUGCCGCCGGGCACGCCCGAGAUCACCGAGUACUACCCGGAGGCCUGGCGUUGCAAAUGCGGCAACAAGCUCUACAUGCCCUAAAAAGCACUACUGUACUUGUCCUCACCAAAAAGAAUUUGAGGAUGGAUAUAUUUUUCAUUGUCGUCAUCAUCAUCAUCAUCCAGAAAGAUUGUUAUGUGGUAUUAUUAGCUCUCAUGUUACUUGAGACCCCUCAUGUAGCAAUAUAUCGCAUAGAGUUUAUUGUUGUCCACGUGUAUCUACCAUGAGGUGGAAAUGAAGUGGUGUGAAAUAGUGAAGAGCAAAGGGAAGAGGUAGACAUAAAUUCUUACAUGAGUGUAUAGGCUUUUUGGCUAUUGAAGUAGGGGGAAUUUUUCCAAA